AGAACCAUCCAUCCAUCCACCCAACCAACAUUCAUUUCAAAGUAUGAGGAGUCCAAUUUCCAUUCUACUCUUGGCUCUCAUUAUCGCCAGCAGCCUCAGCGGCCUCGACGUUGAUGUGGAGGCGAAACCUCAAACUUGUUCACCGAGCGGCAAGCUCCGAGGCAAGAAGCCUCCGCCAAAGAAAUGCAAUCGGAUCAACAACUCCGAGUGCUGCGUGGAGGGCAAGCUGUACACAACGUACAAGUGCUCGCCGACGGUCACCAGGCAGACCAAGGCGGUCCUCACCCUCAACAGCUUCGAAAAGGGGAAAGAUGGCGGCGGGGCGUCGGAGUGCGACCACAAGUUUCAUGGGGACGAGGAGCGGGUCGUGGCGCUGUCGAGCGGCUGGUUCAACAACAGGAAGAGCUGCUUUCAGAAGAUCAAGAUUACGGCGGGGAACGGGAGGAGCGUGGUGGCGAAGGUGGUGGACGAGUGCGAUUCGACGGAGGGCUGCGACGGCGAGCACGAUUACCAGCCGCCGUGUCCCAACAACGUCGUGGAUGCUUCCAAGGCCGUGUGGGAUGCGCUCGGGGUGGCUUCUGGGGAACAGGGUGAUUUGAAGGUGACAUGGUCGUUUGUGUAAUUUGGAUGUGGCUUUUGUUCCAUGUGAGUUCUUCUAUUUGUGUUGUUGUUGUUGUUGUUUUGUGGUCUCGUGUCUUUCUAGCUUUUUUCUUCUUCUUUCGUGUCCUUAAUUUAUUGUCCGUUAAGGAAAUAAUCUUUGUGUGAUACCAUCGGGUAUUUUUGAUUUCUUAAACAUUUCUAUUUGACUUCUCGUAUGUGUUGUAUACCGAUUAAUCAUCAAUAAAACAAUUGUAUUUAC